AGUUCGGCUUGGUUUUAUGGUUUGAUCGAUUCCAUUCAAGAAUCGUAUUGGAACCGUACGGUUCUUACUGGCUGGAACCAAAACCCAACCAUAUAUUCAUCAGAACCACUGAGUUUGGUUUGGUUUGGCUACUUAGAUGUUCUGGUCUGAUAGAUUAGAGAAUUGAUUUGUUUCUUAAACAGGGAAUUCAAAGAGGACAGAGAGGAAGAAGGAGCCCUAUGGCCAAGUCUUGCAAGGGGCUUGCUAUGGAGCUGGUCAAGUGUCUCAGCGAGACUGAUUGUGUCCAGGUUGAGAAGCGAUCAUAUAGGGAAUGUGCUGGAGAGAAGAGUCCGUCUAUAUCAAGUGAGUGUGUUGGACUGAGGGAGACAUAUUUCAAUUGCAAGAGAGGCCAGGUUGACAUGAGAGCUAGGAUUCGUGGAAACAAGGGCUACUAGGGUAAAUUUAAUAUUUACUGCACCUGCAGAGGGAGCAAGAGACAUUUUGAGAAAUACCUCCCUGGCUGUAGAAUGGUUUUUCAUUAGAUAACUUUAUCCCACUGGAGGUGGUUCAAGUCAUGGAAACGGUGUCUUCCUUCAUGGAGGUAUGACUGCCCGUCCUCCCUGGAUCCUGAUGGCCCAGGUGCCUUGUGAGCUGAGAGCGUUACAUUUAUUCUUUUUGGUCUUUAGUAUUUAAUUUUGCUGGGUUCUUGCGUGACCCAAAUCUAAUAUAAGAAAUUACAGUGGUAA